GAAUAAGAAAAAUGACUACAUAUCUUAAGUUCUAUCAUAUAGAUUGUAUAAUCUGAUGAAGCUUCAGUCAGUUCAAGACGUUGAUGAAUAUUUUAGUCAAACUGAUUGACGGAUGUGAAACAGCAAUAGUAAAGAAAUUCCAAUUUACUUAAAAAUUUUCAGUACAAAAUUGCUUGGUCAAACUGAUCAACACACCGGAUAUACUAUUCAAUCUUGGCGUAAUCAACUUAAAUACAUAAUUUAUAUGGUUAUGAUGUCUCUGAAAAUGUUGUUUCAUGAAAGUCAUUGAUUACGUUAGGAUUGUUCAAAUUAAAUGUUCUUAUUGGAUAGAUUUUCUAAAUAAUCCUUCAUUUUCAAGGAUCCAUUGCCAUCUGACCUUUAUAUGGUUUGCUAUACUAGUGGAAGCACCGGAUUACCUAAAGGUGUUUUGGUUAACCAUGAACAGAUUGUGGAUUCUGUGUUUUCAAUAAUGGAAGCUUCUGAAAACAAGCUCAUCAACUCCAAUUCAAGUCAUCUUUCGUAUCUCCCAUUGGCAUAUAUGAUGGAACAUAUACUUUCAUCCUACUAUAUUAUGAUGGGAGCCCGUUUGGGAUUUCUAACAGAUUCUGUUGACAAUCUGGUGGCAGAUGCGAGAGCUUUGAAACCAGGUGUGAUAACAGCAGUUCCACGUGUACUUUCACGUAUGUAUACUGAUUAUCAGAAUUCAUUGGGUGAUUCCAAAAUCAAAAGGCAACUUUACAGUCAAAUUGUGAAAAGAAAAAUGGCUGAACAAAAACGCGGAAAAUUCCACCAUCAUAGUAUCCUGGAUACAUUAUACUUUAGGAAACUUAGGAAGUUAUUAGGUGGACGCGUAUAUUGUAUUGUUAGCGCAGGAGCUCCGUUGCCCGAAGAGGUUUCAAAAUUUAUGCAUACUGCAUUCGGUUUGCUUGCUGAGGGGUACGGAUCAACAGAAACAAUGGGAAGCACCACUAUUACUUUAGUUGGCGAGUACCGUCUAGGUACUGUUGGUUCCGUGGCACAUGGUAUAGAAGUGAAACUUGUUGAUGUACCAGAUUUGGGUUUGGUCGCAUUGAGGGAUCAAAGAGGAGAAAUCUGCGUCAAAGGCAAACGAUGCACAAAAGGCUAUUACAAAGAACCAGAAAAAUCUGCUGAACUUAUUGAUAGUGAAGGGUGGUUACACACUGGGGAUGUCGGUGAAUGGACACCAGAAGGUUCAUUGAAAAUCGUCGACCGCCUAAAAAGCAUCUUCAAAUUGGCCGAAGGUGAAUAUGUUGCACCAAAAAAAGUAGAAAUGGUUUAUCAGUAUUCUAAACUAGUAAGCCAGAUAUUCGUUGAUGGUAAAAGUGAUAAAAACUAUCCAGUUGCGAUUGUUGUUCCUGAUUUUAUUGAAUUGCGCUGUUGCCUAAAUAAUGCAGGAGUACUACAUUGCUCAAAACUUUCGGACUAUGAACUUUGUCGAAACAAAGUUGUGAAUAAAUUUGUUCUAGAUAAAAUGAAUGCUGUAGCUGCUGAACAUUUACUAAAAAGCUUUGAAAAGGUUCAGGCAAUUCAUUUGACAGAUGAGGCAUUCAGCGCUGAUAAUGGCUUACUAACUCCAACAAUGAAAUUAGCACGUAUCAAAGCUCGGAGUUAUUUUUCCAAGAUAAUAGACAGUUUAUACACCCAAUCGUAGGGUUCUUUUACUUCUGGUCUGAAAUGAAUUUUGUGAUCGCCAACUUACGAUACUAUUUAUGAAUGAAACAAGUGUGUUUUGCACUGACACCUUUUGUGGGUGCUAUAAUUUGGACUGUAAUAUUUUCGAAUGCAGUCGAUGUUCGAUGUUGGUGCUUUGGGUAGAGUAUUAUCUGGUUAAGAACGUCUG